ACUCGCAUCAAACCAAAUCAACUUGGCUCGUUUGUGUCACGUUGGUUUUAUUUUUUUGAGCGUUUUGGCAGAUUUUAAUACGAUUUGGAGCAACGUGUUUCUGUUCCUUACAAUCGGCUGUAAGUAUUUGACUUGAAAAUAAUGUCGUCCAAGGACAGGAUUCGGGAUCGAGAGCGAGAUAGAGACAUCAGAAGAGUCAGGUCUCGCUCUAGAUCGCGAGAAAGAGAUCGUAACCAGUCUGAUCGUAUGAAUAUGAACCGAAGAGAUCGAGAUGACAGAAGAGAUGAGAGGAAAGAUCGAGAUCGUCCUGAUCGAGACCGUGAUCGAGAUCGAGAUCGAGAUAGGUAUCGAUCACGUCAGGACAGAUCAAGGUCGCCAAACGACAAAAGAAAACGGAACAAAGGUGAUAAAACAACAGGGGAGGAAGAAGAGGAAGAUUUGAAAGCUGAGAAGAAGCAACCGAUAUCUCUGGAAGAGAUGAUCGCAAAGAAAACUAAAGAGCAAGAGGCGCUUUCAAAGCCUAAAUUUUUGACCAAGGAAGAGCGAGCGAAACUUGCGGUCCAGAAGAGAGAAGAGGCUGUUAAAGCUCAACGUCAGGCCCAAGACGAAGCUCGCAAGAAGCAAAUGGAAUUCAUUAAGAUGUCUCAGAUAGCCGGUGAUCCUCGGGAGCGCGAUAGAAUGGAGAGGCGAGAAAGACGUGAGCGUCGAGACCGGGAUGAGGAUUCCUCUAAAGGGAAAGAUAGAGAAGAGGAAAAAGAGAAGCAAGCCAUUAAGGAUCGCUAUUUGGGUGUGGUUAAGAAGAAGAGAAGGAUCCGUAGAUUAAACGACAGGAAGUUUGUCUUUGAUUGGGAUGCUGGAGAAGACACCUCCAAUGACUUCAAUCCGAUAUACAAGGAGAAACACGAAGCUCAGUUAUUUGGGCGGGGUCAUAUUGGUGGGAUUGACAUCAAGGCACAGAAGAAGGACAGCAGAUUUUACUCAGAUCUUCUGGAGAAAAGACGGACUGGAAAACAAAAAGAGCAAGAAAAAACACGCCUUGGUAAAGAGGACAAGAGGGAGCAGAAACAGAAAUGGGACGACCGUCAUUGGAAAGAUAAGAAGCAAUUCGAGAUGACAGAACGAGAUUGGCGUAUCUUCAGAGAAGAUUAUAAUAUCAGUACGAAAGGAGGACGCAUUCCAAACCCGCUUCGCUCAUGGGCAGAAUGUCCGAGUAUCCCGGAAAAUAUCUGUGAAGUCAUCAAGAAAUUGGAGUACACAGAUCCAACACCAAUCCAGAGGCAAGCUAUUCCUAUUGGUUUAAUGAAUCGUGACAUCAUUGGCGUUGCAGAGACCGGCAGCGGAAAGACGGCAGCUUUCUUAAUCCCUCUCCUUGUGUGGAUCACGACCCUCCCUAAGAUAGAAAGGGAGGAAGAUGUAGAUCAAGGUCCUUAUGCCAUCAUCUUAGCACCUACUCGUGAGCUCGCUCAGCAGAUAGAAGAGGAAACCCUACGCUUCGGUCAACCUCUCGGUAUCCGCUCAGUCUCAAUCAUUGGAGGUAUCUCUAGAGAAGAUCAGGGUUUCAAGCUGAGGAUGGGAUGCGAGGUCGUCAUAGCGACGCCUGGCCGUCUCAUCGAUGUCUUGGAGAAUCGGUAUUUGGUGCUGAACCAAUGCACGUAUGUUGUCUUGGAUGAGGCCGAUCGUAUGAUUGACAUGGGUUUCGAACCCGAUGUCCAAAAGAUCCUGGAGUAUCUCCCAGUGACCAAUCAGAAGCCAGAUACUGAUGAGGCUGAAGACUCAGAGACGCUAUUGGCUAACUUUGCUACUAAGAAGAAAUACCGACAGACUGUGAUGUUUACCGCUACCAUGCCGACAGCUGUGGAGCGUGUAGCUCGUUCCUACCUCCGACGUCCAGCCAUCGUUUACAUCGGCUCUAUCGGCAAACCAGUCGACAAAGUGCAACAAAUCGCUUACUUGGUUUCUAAUCAAGAGAAGAGGCAUCGCUUGGUCCAGAUUCUGGAGAAGGGUUACGAUCCUCCGAUCAUGAUCUUUGUCAACCAGAAGAAGGGAUGUGAUGUCCUUGCUAAAUCACUGGAAAAAAUGGGUUAUAACGCCAUCACCCUCCACGGAGGCAAGAGUCAGGAGCAGAGAGAGUACGCCCUCGCAAGUCUCAAAACAGGCGUCAAAGACAUCCUGGUUGCUACCAAUGUUGCCGGGCGUGGUAUCGACAUCCGAGAUGUGUCCGUUGUUAUCAACUUUGACAUGGCCAAGAGUAUUGAAGAUUAUACUCAUCGCAUCGGUCGUACUGGCCGUGCCGGUAAAACAGGAACAGCUAUAACUUUCCUGACCCAAGACGACAGCGAGGUCUUCUACGAUCUCAAGCAGAUUCUUCAAGGAAGUCCGAUCUCAACAUGUCCACCGGAGCUCGCCAAUCAUCCAGAAGCCCAGAAUAAACCCGGUACCGUCAUGAACAGGAAGAAAAGGCAGGAGGAAACCAUCUUUGCUAACUAAUCCCACACCUUGAAUUUCGCAGAGACCGUGAACUUGUUGCCACUGGGGCGGAUUUCACAAAGAGUUUAGAUUGACCUUAACUGUGAAUCAAUCUUGAAUGCUUAGCAAAGUGUGAUGCCACAAUACAAACUACUCUGGUAAUACUGACCACUCAUCUUAAGAUGAAUCUUAGUGCUUUGUGAAAUCGAGCCCUGGUCUUGGCCUUGGUGCCCCUGCAAAAGAC